AUGCAGUUCUCAAGGCAGAAGCAAGAGGAUCCAAAGCAGGAGGACGAAGUUUCCCUGCUUGGAAACAACGGUGAAGGUCCUUCAAAAGCUGCCCUACAGAAAACUCUCCACAGUCGCACCAUCGUAUUAUGGCGUUUUACCGCAAUCAAUGUGCUACUGUCAAUUGCUUUCAGUUUCCUGAAUUUUGCUACUCUCAAGCAUUUUGGGACCUUCAUCAGGCCCACUGAUCUUCAUGAUGCUCGCUCUUCAAUUGAGUACGAAAACAGACACUUCACUGGAGGUUUGAUAUAUGAUGUAAAACAACGGCGGACCAUACGUGCUCCAGAUGGAGAUAUUGAAUACUUUGGUCCACCAAGUCAAAAUCUGGAACAGGCCUGGAAAGAUUUACUAAGAUACGAAUUCCCUACGAUGACAGAGCACGAGGCUGGACCAUUUCUUCCGCAGCUCAAACGCAUGCCGCAAGAUAACGAAUAUCAUUUUGAGCUGACGGUAUUUCACUCGCUUCAUUGUAUCAAUGCGAUUCGACUUGAAUUGAACAGCGUACUCUACAACGUCAGUGCAACGCACCACAUGCACAGUCUUGAAGAUGCAAGUGAUCCCCACUGGAAAGCAACACACAUCGAGCAUUGCAUGGAUCAACUUCGACAGACUGUUCAAUGCUUCGGCGACCUUACACCCGCUCCUCUCUGGCCUGAGGCCGAUGCGCCGCUGGCGUUGGGCAGAUCUGGACCUCACACCUGUCGAAAAUUUGGGCCCAUCCGCGAAUGGCUAGAUAGAAGAGCUAAGAAUGGGAAGUCUUUGGAGCUUUAG